CCUCAUUCCCGUGCCCAGCAAUCUUCCCACACACGUCGUUCAUCUGUUUCCCCACCUCGCCCUCCUCCUGCCAUUCUCUGAAUUGAUGUGCCCAAGCACAGAUUCGCCGUAGGUUCCAGCCCUGCCGGAGUCGCCAUGUACCAACCACCGCUGCAUCAUCAUUCUUCGACGACAGGUCAGGCAGAGGUAGGCAGUGAUGUUGCUGGAUGGUCAUCUCCUAUGCCUCAAACUGCGCUAGGAAGGACAGAUCCACAGGCCAAUCGUUUGGAGGGAGGAUUGGAUCACGCCGGUGUCGGACUGAUGCGCCAUCGCGUGGUUCCUCCUACACACUUCGAUGGCCGGAUGCCAGAAGAACCGUUCGAACCUGAACUAGUUGAUGUGGAUGAGGUCGGCAGUGGUUCUGUUGACUAUUUCACAAACCUCCUAGUGAAUGACCAAGAAUAUAAUGAUCUGACACCUCCUAGUCAUACAAACAAUGAUGAUGUACCUGGAGCAUCCAAAGGAUCUCAGAAAAGAACCAAAAAUUUCAGAGAUGAGGAGGACAGACUUCUUGUGUCAGCUUGGCUUAAUAUUAGCAUGGAUCCUAUUAAGGGAAGUGAUCAACCACUAGGGACAUAUUGGAGAAGAAUCCAUCAUUAUUUUCAUGCUAACAAGACAUUCGAGUCAGACCGUACACAUGGUUCGUUAAUGAACCGUUGGGGUGUGAUUCAACAUGAUGUGAAUCUUUUUUGUGGAUGUCUGUCAAAGAUUGAGGCAAGAAACCAGAGUGGUUGUUCAGUUGAUGACAAGAUUGCAAGUGCAUGUGCAAUGUUCAAGGCUGAAGAUAGUAAGAACAAGAAUUUUGCCUACAUGCAUUGCUGAAAAAUCCUAAAGGACAAGCCCAAAUGGGUGGCGUGGAAGAAGCAUCGUGCUGCUAAAAAAACAGCAAGUAAUAACCAGAAGCAGAAGACAGUGUUAAAUUCAUCUCCUGCUUCUGCCCCUGCUGGAGGUGCUGGACAUGCUGAAAUUACAAAAAAUGCUUCAAGACCUGAAGGAAAGAAGAAAGAGAAGCAGAAGGUACGUCAACGUUCGACCAUCGAAGCAGUGGACUAUCUCGUGGACAAGAUGAAAGAAGCUGAUGUUGAGAAAGACUUGAAGAAAGCUGAGAGGUGGGAGAGAGCCUUUGAUUUGCAGGAAGAGAAGAUGAAAUUGGAUAGAGAAAAAUUUGAGUUGCAAAGGGAGUUAGAAGAGGAGAGAAUUCUUUGUCUUGAUUUGAGCACUAUGACCGACCAAUAGAAGCAAUUCUACGAAGGGCGCCAGAAUGACAUUCUUGCAAGACGUUUCGGUUGCUAGAGCGGAUGUUAGUGAAGUUCAGUUUAUUUUGAGCAGUGGUUGGCUAUGAAACUAGUAUAGUUUCCUUUAAUUCAAUUAGUGACCUAUGAAACAAAUUCGCUGAGUGCUUAUUCAUUCAGUAUCUUUUUGGGAUGAUUAUUAUGUUCCGUAGUGUUUUAACCUGAAGAACUCUUUCUUUGCAGCUUCCUACAUUUGAUUAUCUCUUUUUGUCAUAUUGGGUGCCUGUAGCACUAAUGCCACUUGUGAAUCUACUGAACUUCACCAAUGGUCACGCCAAUAAAAUCUAAAAUAACAAUGUAUUAUUUGUACCAAUCUGUAUAGUAAAUGAUCAAACUUAAAU